AUGAGUAUAAACCAUUACGAGGUGCUGGAGAUUUCCAGAAACGCAACCGAUGCUGAGAUCAAAAAAUCGUACCGACGGCUGGCGCUGAAGUUUCAUCCGGACAAGAACAAGAGCGCGUCGGCGGAGGAAAAGUUCAAGCAAAUCAACGACAGCUACGGCGUUCUGUCAGACCCAGUCAAGAAGGCCGAAUUUGAUAGAACUUAUCCACCACGAACGACGCACAACUACUCUUUCACACCCAAGGCCUCGAAACAGCCCUCAGCGUACGACGAGUACGAGCGCGCAAGACGACAGUUUGAGGAGUUCAAGAAGAGACAACAGCAGGAACGGAAGGCUCGCGAGGAGGCUCAUAAAAAGCAGGCGGACGACUGGGCAAACAAGUGGAACUACACGGACAGUUUUUACCAUUACAGCAGAUAUUCCUCCGACCGUCACGAAACACACAGACAGUAUACUCAAGAAAGCCAUUCAAGUAACGGCUCCAACGGGUGGCGAAAGACCAGCUCCUCCUAUUCGUUCACUCCCGGAGAAAAAACGUAUCCUGGGUCAAUGCCCAAGACGGAAAAACCAAGCAAAUGGACGGACAAGGAGCAGAAGCCGCGGAUGAGCACAGAUUUCGCGGAUAUUCUCAAAGAUUUCAGCACGCCAGAGUUUAAAUUUGGAGGCAGCAGUGGUCCCGAAGCUGCCUCGUUCAACGGGACUCCCGAGGACCCCAUAAUACUCGACAGCGGGACAAAAGAGGACCCCAUUGUGGUGGACGACCCGCCUUCGCAUACACAUAGCCCCAAGAAGCCCAAACAGCGGUUCUGGAAGCCCAGCUCGCAUCAGCGGUUUACAAAUAGAACGGCCAUGGAGGAGGAGGGAGAACAGAGAGCGCACAAGGCACAGAUGGAAGACGCUGACGAUGAGAGGUUCAAAAUACGUGUGGAUAACGUUCCUCCCUUUACUCAGACAAACGGCAAUUUCAACAUGUCGGCUAUGGGAGAGAGCCUUGGGGUGGACGCUGACAUGAGCGUGGACGAGGAAAAAGACAUGCAAUCCGAGGAACCGGAAGCAAACGUGCCUCCUCUUACAUUAUCGGAUCUCCAGUGCAACGAGGCAGAUAUAGUCCACAUCUCUCCGCCGCCUUUCCCCGAGUUUGGGCUGGCCACGCGCGAGCAGCUGCAGCACCGCAUGCAAGAGUACCUGAUCCAGGUCUUCAAUUACCAGCACUUAAUGGCCAAAUACCACCAGGCACGACAGGAAGCCAACGCUAGGUGCAUGGACCGAAUAGUGGCGAACAAGGCCAAUUUCCAGACGUAUUUGCAGAGUUGUCGGUUUGACGAGGUGCUGAAUAGUGCGCAAACGCAGUUUCUGCAAGGACACGCCGAGGUGUUGCAACGAUACGAGCUCGAACUGUCCAAGUACGCCUGA